CUCGCCUCCUCUGCAUUUUCCAAUUCUAAACCAAACAACAGAUUCUCAUAAUCAUCUCUCUUUUUUUCCUUUUUGAGAAAGGAAGAACGAUCAAAGCUUCUAAAUUUUUUAAAAAAAGAUAUCAAGAUGGGUCUUGUCGCCUUCUUGUUUAUGGCCAUCCUCGGAGUAAUGACGUCACGUGUCAAUGGCUACGGCGGCGGUUGGGUUAACGCACACGCUACAUUCUACGGCGGUGGUGAUGCUUCCGGCACAAUGGGAGGUGCUUGUGGGUACGGAAACCUAUAUAGCCAAGGUUAUGGAACCAACACGGCGGCGCUAAGCACGGCUCUGUUCAACAACGGUCUGAGUUGUGGCGCUUGCUUCGAGAUAAGAUGCCAAAACGACGGAAAAUGGUGUCUCCCUGGCUCGAUCGUCGUCACAGCGACUAACUUUUGCCCGCCGAACAACGCUUUACCGAACAACGCAGGAGGUUGGUGUAACCCUCCUCAGCAGCAUUUCGAUCUCUCUCAGCCCGUCUUUCAACGUAUCGCUCAAUACAGAGCCGGCAUUGUCCCCGUCGCCUACAGAAGAGUGCCUUGUGUUAGAAGGGGAGGAAUAAGGUUUACGAUAAACGGACAUUCUUACUUCAACCUGGUUCUGAUUACCAACGUCGGAGGAGCCGGAGAUGUUCACUCGGCGGCGGUUAAAGGGUCAAGAACAGGGUGGCAAGCUAUGUCGAGAAACUGGGGACAAAACUGGCAGAGUAACUCUUACCUGAACGGUCAAUCUCUGUCUUUCAAAGUCACAACAAGCGAUGGUCGGACCAUUGUCUCCAACAACGUCGCUUCUGCAGGCUGGUCCUUUGGCCAGACUUUCACCGGCGCGCAGAUACGUUAGUGUGGUGUAUCGGGCAGUUUGUUUGGGGGUUUAACCUAAAAAGAAGUGGUGCUUCGUGUGCUUGAUUUUGCACAAGGCCUUGAUGACGUCUUCUUCUUUUGGGGACUUUUUUUUUUCUAUUAUUGGUAAGGUUUUUUUUUUAAAGUUUUACUGAUGCAGAGGUGGAGUUAAGUACCACCCGCUAGUAGUAAGUUUCCGUUUGUAUCCCCUCUUGAAGCGAGAGGGAGAGAGUUUAAGCUUUUCAAGAAUUGUUAGUUUGUAUUCUUCUGAGUAAUCUCGUCAAGAAUUGUUAGUUUGUAUUCUUCUGAGUAAAUUUUCAAUUUUUACCAGUAUGAACUAUUGAAGAUUUCACUCAAUGUUCAAUAAAAAAAAAAAAAAAAAAACAAUAUUGAAGAUUUGC